GCGGGGCGGGGGUGGGGGAUCGAGAGCUGGUACCCGGGCUCACCUGUUCUCCAGGAGGAGGGUGGGGACGGGGGGAGGGGCGAGUGCGCGCCAACGCCGGGUGCGUGCCCUGGGGCGCUCGGGCGCGGCGCUCGUGUCCCCGCCCUCCCCCAGCCCUGCGAGCCCCCCGAGCUGCGCCGUGGGGUGACGGGACCGAGAGCAGUUCCUGUCCCCGGCCCCGGCGCGGGGGAGACGUGAGCGUGCACACGUACACACACAGCAGGGGAAGAGGCGCUCCAAGCGGCGCCCAACUUUCUCCUUCCCUCCACGGGCCGGGUGAGAAAGUAGCCGGGGGCUAUCCCGACCCGGCGGUUCUUGGGGAGGGGGCCGAACAAGAAAAGGGAGGAGAUGGAGAUAAUUUCCCCGGAUUUAGCUUUUUUGUCUUUGUUUUUGUUCUCACCACUUCCAUCGGAUGACUGGAGAGUAAAAGGGAACCCGGAGCGGGGUGGCGAGCAGCGCUUUGAGAAAAUGCAGGAGUGUGUUUGGAGACGCGUAAAGUUGCCUUUCAAGCUCUGGCCUCCGGGCACGCGAUGCUCCGCGGCGGGCUGACUCAGGGCUGCCUUGGGCCUCCCUGCCACCCUCCUGGAAAUGAUGCAAGUCCUGACUGUCACCUGGAUCCCUGCAGCCCAGCCUGGAAUGCGUCUGGAUUAGGGGAAAGACGAGAAACGACACUCCAGGUGUUGCACGGCCCACCAAAGCGGGAAGAUAGGGCAGUUGCUCAGACCAAAUACUGUAUCUAGUGCUUCUGCUCCUAUCUUCAAUCGUGGGGUUCUUUUUAAUGCAAAGUGUCACAAGGCCAGGAAUUCCCAUGUGUGCUCAGUUGGCCCACAGCAUCAUUGUGCCUAGGAAACUGCUUCAAUUUAUCAAGUCCUCUGGGCUGGGAAUCUCACUGAAUUCCAAACGGCGGAAAGAGGAAACUUUCCCAACCCGAUGUGGGUGUGACGCGAGGCAGGGGCCCCAGGGACACUGUCCCAGAGCACACCGUCCCCCUUUAACAGCAACUGGAGCUUGGAUUCGCUCUUAUAUUCUACAGUCCUUUCGACCAUUGCCCUGGAGCACCCGCACACGCGCACGCAUCUCCGGCAGCGCUCACACACACUCAUACACACGCACGCAAACGCGUGGCCGCCGCCAGGUCGGCAACUUUGUCCGGCGCUCCCAGCGGCGCUCGGCUUCCUCCUGUAGUAGUUGAGCGCAGGCCCCGCCUCCCGGCCGUGUUGUCAAAAGGGCCGGGGUCUCGGAUUGGUCCAGCCGCCGGGACAACACCUGCUCGACUCCUUCAUUCAAGUGACACCAGAGCUUCCAGGGAUAUUUGAGGCACCAUCCCUGCCAUUGCCGGGCACUCGCGGCGCUGCUAACGGCCUGGUCACAUGCUCUCCGGAGAGCUACGGGAGGGCGCUGGGUAACCUCUAUCCGAGCCGCGGCCGCGAGGAGGAGGGAAAAGGCGAGCAAAAAGGAAGAGUGGGAGGAGGAGGGGAAGCGGCGAAGGAGGAAGAGGAGGAGGAGGAGGAAGAGGGGAGCACAAAGGAUCCAGGUCUCCCGACGGGAGGUUAAUACCAAGAACCAUGUGUGCCGAGCGGCUGGGCCAGUUCAUGACCCUGGCUUUGGUGUUGGCCACCUUUGACCCGGCGCGGGGGACCGACGCCACCAACCCACCCGAGGGUCCCCAAGACAGGAGCUCCCAGCAGAAAGGCCGCCUGUCCCUGCAGAAUACAGCGGAGAUCCAGCACUGUUUGGUCAACGCUGGCGACGUGGGGUGUGGCGUGUUUGAAUGUUUCGAGAACAACUCUUGUGAGAUUCGGGGCUUACAUGGGAUUUGCAUGACUUUUCUGCACAACGCUGGAAAAUUUGAUGCCCAGGGCAAGUCAUUCAUCAAAGACGCCUUGAAAUGUAAGGCCCACGCUCUGCGGCACAGGUUCGGCUGCAUAAGCCGGAAGUGCCCGGCCAUCAGGGAAAUGGUGUCCCAGUUGCAGCGGGAAUGCUACCUCAAGCACGACCUGUGCGCGGCUGCCCAGGAGAACACCCGGGUGAUAGUGGAGAUGAUCCAUUUCAAGGACUUGCUGCUGCACGAACCCUACGUGGACCUCGUGAACUUGCUGCUGACCUGUGGGGAGGAGGUGAAGGAGGCCAUCACCCACAGCGUGCAGGUUCAGUGUGAGCAGAACUGGGGAAGCCUGUGCUCCAUCUUGAGCUUCUGCACCUCGGCCAUCCAGAGGCCUCCCACGGCGCCCCCCGAGCGCCAGCCCCAGGUGGACAGAACCAAGCUCUCCAGGGCCCACCACGGGGAAGCAGGACAUCACCUCCCAGAGCCCAGCAGUAGGGAGACUGGCCGAGGUGCCAAGGGUGAGCGAGGUAGCAAGAGCCACCCAAACGCCCAUGCCCGAGGCAGAGUCGGGGGCCUUGGGGCUCAGGGACCUUCCGGAAGCAGCGAGUGGGAGGACGAACAGUCUGAGUAUUCUGAUAUCCGGAGGUGAAAUGAAAGGCCUGGCCACGAAAUCUUUCCUCCACGCCGUCCAUUUUCUUAUCUAUGGACAUUCCAAAACAUUUACCAUUAGAGAGGGGGGAUGUCACACGCAGGAUUCUGUGGGGACUGUGGACUUCAUCGAGGUGUGUGUUCGCGGAACAGACAGGUGAGAUGGAGACCCCUGGGGCCGUGGGGUCUCAGGGGUGCCUGGUGAAUUCUGCACUUACACGUACUCAAGGGAGCGCGCCCGCGUUAUCCUCGUACCUUUGUCUUCUUUCCAUCUGUGGAGUCAGUGGGUGUCGGCCGCUCUGUUGUGGGGGAGGUGAACCAGGGAGGGGCAGGGUAAGGCAGGGCCCCCAGAGCUGGGCCACACAGUGGGUGCUGGGCCUCGCCCCGAAGCUUCUGGUGCAGCAGCCUCUGGUGCUGUCCCCGCGGAAGUCAGGGCGGCCGGAUUCCAGGACAGGAGUGAAUGUAAAAAUAAAUAUCGCUUAGAAUGCAGGAGAAGGGUGGAGAGGAGGCAGGGGCCGAGGGGGUGCUUGGUGCCAAACUGAAAUUCAGUUUCUUGUGUGGGACCUUGCGGUUCAGAGCUCUUGGCGAGGGUGGAGGGAGGAGUGUCAUUUCUAUGUGUAAUUUCUGAGCCAUUGUACUGUCUGGGCUGGGGGGGGACACUGUCCAAGGGAGUGGCCCCUAUGAGUUUAUAUUUUAACCACUGCUUCAAAUCUCGAUUUCACUUUUUUAUUUAUCCAGUUAUAUCUACAUAUCUGUCAUCUAAAUAAAUGGCUUUCAAACAAA